UCAACCCUCCAUUGGCUUUUCACCCAGGAUCUUUAGCCUGUCAACUGCAGAGGUAAAUCAGGAUUUAGACCACCAGCAUUGUUUAAUUUUUUGGUGCACCAGAUUACAAGAUGUGGAAGUUUCACAUUCCCAGGAAGGCCGGAUCCCUACUGAGUUUCCCUGAAUCCUUCUUUGCCCAAAGAGUCCAGAAAUGCAGUUCAAAGUGCUCCAGAAGUUGCAGGGGCCUUGGAUGGUUCUCAGUGGGGCCCACCGAGUUUUCGGCAAGAUGCCAGCCAGAGCCUACGGUGUUGACUGGGGGAGAAAGUUGGCUUCCUUCAAGAGCCCCAGUUUGAACCGGAUGAUGCUCAGAGAUGCUAAGGUCCCUGCCAGAUUCCAGGGGACUCAAGGAUGUGGCUUCCCGCUGCUGGGGAAAGCCACGUGUUUGCAGGAGGAACUGCAGCGUGAAAAGAAGGGUUUCUGGAGAAAUUGGCGAGCUCAGUCCAGCAGGGGAGAAAUGUCACCGUUGCUGUACAGAGUCCGAGUGGCCACCGGAAAGCUUUGGGGCUCGGGAACGUUCGACGCCAUCUCCAUCACCGUGGUGGGCUUAAAGGGGGAAAGUCCCAAGCAGCUCUUGGAUAUGACCGGGAAGGACUUCACCCCCGGAGCGGUGGAUGACUAUGAAAUCUUGAGCGAUCGUGACCUGGGCCCCCUCCUCUUUGUCCGGCUUCAUAAGGAGCCCUACCAGUUUUUUCCAGAAGACUCUUGGUUCUGUGACUUUGUCCAGCUGACCACUCCGGAUAAUGAGACCUUCCACUUUCCCUGCUACCAGUGGAUUGAGGGUCACCAGACCCUGGAGCUAAGAGAGGGGACAGGCAAAUUAAUCUGUGAUGAUGGCAAUAACCCCUGGCUUCUGGGGCACAGAGUGGAAGAACUGAGGAACAGACAGGACACAUACAGGUGGGCCCAGUUUGCCCCCGGUUUACCCCGGUGCGUGGCAGUGGAGACCGUUGAAGAGAUGAACACCAACAUCAAGUUCUCCUUGACGAAGAUGAGCACCUUCAUGGUCCGCUCGAAACUGACAAAGUUGGAGAUGAGGUUAAAGGGAUUAAUGAACUACCGUCACUCAUGGAAGAAGUUGGAGGACAUCCGCAAGAUUUUCUGGUUCAAUAAAACCUUAGUUUCAGAAUACGUUGCAGAUCACUGGAAAGAAGACGCUUUCUUUGGCUACCAGUAUUUGAAUGGUGUCAACCCCGUGGUGAUUGAGAAGUGUACCGAGAUCCCGGCCAACUUCCCUGUGACCCAGGAGAUGGUUGCCGAGUCCCUCGGAAAAUCCACCACCCUCCAGGAAGAAACGCAGAAGGGGAACCUCUUCAUUGUGGACUACAAGAUCUUACAGGAUAUCCCGACUAACACAAUCCUAGGUGAACAGCAGUAUCUGGCCGCCCCUUUGUGCCUCUUCUACCAGACGCCUUCUGGAAGCUUUGUGCCAAUUGCAAUCCAGCUCAGCCAAAUCCCGGGUCCCGAGAGCCCCAUCUUCCUUCCCAGUGACCCCCUGUGGGAUUGGACCCUGGCUAAGAUGUGGGUCCGCAACGCCGACUUCCACAUCCACCAGAACAUCUCCCACCUCCUGCGGACCCACCUGAUGGCCGAGGUCUUCACUAUGGCCACUCUGCGGCAGCUACCCAUGUGCCACCCAGUUUUCAAGCUCCUUAUUCCACACCUAAGGUACACCCUCCAGAUCAACAUAUUAGCCAGGAUCCGGCUGAUCCAGAAAGGUGGAAUGAUGGAUCAGGCCACCUCGGCAGGAUUCGAAGGAAUCAGCGCCUUGGUAGGAAAAGGGGCUCACCAGCUGACCUAUGCUUCCCUCUGCCUGCCGGAUGACAUCAAGGCUCGCGGAGUUGACUCUGUUGCCAACUAUUAUUACCGGGAUGAUGCCACAAAGAUCUGGGCUGCUAUAGAGAGCUUUGUGACAGGACUUGUCAGGUUCUAUUAUCGGAAUGAUGACCGUGUCCGAGGUGACUCUGAGCUCCAGGCUUGGAUUCUGGAGAUUUUCACGGAAGCCUUCCAAAGCAGAGAGGCAUCGGGGGCUCCCUCAUCUCUGGGGACCAUGGAGGAGCUCACAAAAUUCCUGACAAUGGUCAUUUUUACCUGUUCAGCGCAACAUGCUGCUGUCAAUAGUGGGCAGUUUGACUUUGGUGCAUGGAUGCCAAACAUCCCCCCGGCCAUGAGGAGACCCCCGCCAACUGUGAAGGGCUCUGCAACCCUGGAGGGGAUCCUCGAUACAAUUCCUCCGGUCAACAUCACCUGCAUUGCCCUCUCUUCCCUGUGGCUCCUGAGCCAAGAAGCCGGGGAUCGGAGACCUUUAGGGUUCUUCCCAGACAAAUAUUUUGUCGAAGAGGAAGCCCACAGGCUGAUAGGGGUCUUUCAGAAUUGCAUGGCUGACAUUUCAGAGGAGAUUAACCAGCGGAACAAGUCGUUGCCUCUUCCCUACAACUACCUCGACCCACCCUACGUUGAGAACAGUGUCUCUAUCUAGGCCUGGGGGCAGAGAAGGUGAACCAGACAGUCUAGUGUGGACGAUUUCAGCCCAUCCGGAUUUACCAAUCCAGCAGGAUUCCUUCUGCAGCUCACCUAGAACUGUAGACACCUCACGUUUGGGACGCCCGGUCCUCUGUCUUCGGGCUGCAAUUCUGUAAAACUGAAAAACAGCCUUUUUGCAGCACAAGAAUGUUUGCUGAGGCUCGUUACCAAAAACCUGGUGGAUUCAGUGGCCUAAGAAUUGAGGAUGCUUACUUUGGGUCUGCUAUUAAUUCUUCCAUUCUGCAAAUGUUUUACGCACUGGUGGGUCCCAAAGAGAGUGGCCUGUUUGGGAAGAGGUAGCUGGCCUCCCACAGGGGAUGGCUCGGCCUGGGAACUGGGGUAUCUGCCCGGAAAAUCAAGAUGGCAGGUGCAACUAUGCAGUCAAACUUCUGCAUAACGAAGGGGGGUGGUGAUGGCCGCCCUCUUUUUUAAAAUAUAAACUUUGUUGUUUUCAAAAACUAAAACAAACAAAAAAAGACAGGAAAAAACAACAAGCAAACACAAAAUUUUUAAAUACAAAUCAUUCAACACAAUAUUAACCAACUUUAAUGACCCCAAACAUAAGAGAACUCAAAAGAAGGGGGAAAAAGAAAAAAAGAGAAAAAGAAAAAAAGAAAAAGUAACCACACUUGUACAAACUGCUUGCACAUUUAUACAUACAAAAAGAAGAAAAAAGAAUGACUCCCGCCCAACCAAGCAGCUGUGGGUGUCCCGGCCCGUCCAGGUAAUACAGAAUUAGUGGAAAAUAAAAUUAAAAAGUGUUUUUAUAAUUUUUUCUCCAAUCUAUAUCAAAAACAGGCAAUUUCAGUAGAGAAAAUUGAAGAGUAUUUAGUGAAUCAAAAACUUCCAAAACUUCCAGAAAAUCAGAGACUAAUAUUGAAUAACCCUAUCACGGAAUCGGAAAUUUUAGAAGCUAUAAAGAAACAUAAGCUAGGAAAAACACCAGGACCAGAUGGAUUCUCUGCAAAAUAUUAUAAAUGUUUCAGUGAAUAGAUAUCGGACCUUUUAAGGAAUUAAUGAAUUCAAUUCUUUCAGGAUUACCUAUACCAGAUACAUGGAAAGAAGCAAAUACUAGCCUUAUACUAAGAGAAGGAGAGGACCCUUCCUCGAUUAGAAAUUAUAGACCAAUAUCAUUGUUAAAUAGUGACUGUAUUUGCAUUGAUACUAACAGAAGGGUUGAAAAUAAUUUUGCAGAUGGUUAUUCAUCAGGACCAAUGUGGAUUUUUACCCGAAAGACAAAAGAUAAUAUAAGAAUUGUGUUGGGCACUACAGAAUAUUUACAGUAUCAUAGCAAUUGUCAAAUGGCCCUUAUAUUUUUAGAUGCUGAGAAAGCAUUUGAUAAUUUGAAUUGGCUUUUUAUGUUUAAAGGAUUGGAGAACAUGGAAUUCGGAGCAUCGUUUAUUCAGGGAAUUAGAUCAGUGUAUAAGACGCAAAUAUAAUUGUGAAUGAGGAAAUGACAGAAGCCUGUAAGAUUGAAAAAGGAACUAGGCAAGGAUGCCCCCUAUCACCUCUGCUUUUUAUUUUAGUCUUGGAGGUUUUUAAUAGGGAUAUUAGAGGCGAUAAGCGAAUAAAAGGGCUAAAAAUUAAAAAGGAGGUUUUCAAGUUCAGGGCCUUUGCUGACAAUUUAGUUUUACUAAUACAGGACCCAGUGGAAUCGGCUGAAUAUGUAAUGAAAAAAUUAAAAGAGUAUGGAUCCCUGGCAGGAUUUAAAGUGAAUAAACAAAAAAUGAAAAUGUUAACUAAAUAUGACACCUAAUAAUCAAGAAUUGUUGAUGAGAAAAAUGGGGUUUAAGAUUGAGAAAAAGAUAAAAUGUUUAGUAGUAGUUCUGACUACUAAAAAUAUUGAAUUGUUUCAAAAUAACUGUAAUAAAAUUUGGAACUAAGUGAAAAAAGAUUUUAUAAGAUGGAAGAAUUUACAUUUAUCCCUUUUGGGGAGGAUUUCUGUAAUUAAAAUGAACAUACUACCUAAAAUGCUGUUUCUUUUCCAGACAAUACCAAUUAUUUCUGCUGAUGUGAUACUCAAACAAUGGCAAAAGGAUAUCUCAAAUUUUAUUUGGCAGGGUAAAAAACCUAGAAUUAAAUUUAAAUUACUACAGGAUGCAAAAUAAUGAGGGGGGUUGGGGCUACCAGACCUAAGAUUAUAUUUCGAGGCAUGCUGUUUUAUGUGGAUUAAAGACUGGAUAAUGCUGGAAAAUAAAAAAAAUGUCACAGCUGGA